CACUUGCCAUCCAACGCAGGGCGCGCCCCGCAAUCCACUCUCACACACCAACCAUCCUCUUCCUAGGUGCUGCGCGAACAUAAUAGCAGCAGAAUCUUCGAAGUGUAGAUUCAAUCGUCGCUGCACGCCACUCUACGGCAUCAUUCACAGCACCUAAACGCGCGCAGCGAAGAAGACGCGACAACACCGGCAUCAUGGCGCAAAACCCCAACAACCUCGCGCAGUUCAAAUAUGCGGCGAUGUCCAACCUGGUCCUCCAGGCGGACCGUCGAUUUACUUCGCGCCGCCCAGAUGAACACACCGGCGACCCAGAAUCGCUCGCUGGUCGCAUCAACAUUCGGGAUAUGGGAGGGCGGACGGCGCAGGACAGAGCGCCCACACAAGCAAAGAAGCCCAAAGGGUUAGGCGUCGAGCGCGGCAGUCUCACAGAGGGUGGCGAUGUGCUUGAACGCGAGCAGCGCAAGCGAAAGAGGGACGACGGGACAAGCGCUUUUGGAGCCACAGCCGCUGCAGACUUCAACAUCGAAGGCCUGCGCUACAGACCGCGGACGCCAGCGACACGCAACACGUUCGAGCUCAUCACAACCAUUGUGAGCAAGGCCCUCGGCGAUGUUCCCGUGUCGACCACCAGGAGUGCCGCAGAUGCGGUCCUCGAAUACCUGAAGGACGACACCAUGAAGGAUUUCGACAAGAAGAAAGAGGUGGACGACCUCCUCGGCAGCUCAAUGGGCGCGAAAGAGUUCAACGAGCUGGUCAACCUGGGUAAGAAGAUCACGGACUACGACGCCCAGGACGACGACGAGGACGGCGACGAGGCAAUGGGCGACGCUGAUGGCGCUGAAAAUGACGAUAAUCAGGGUGUGGCCGUUGUGUUCGACGACGAGGAGGACGACGAAGAGGCCCAGAAUUUCGAAGUCCGCGAUGCCGAUACCUCAGACGAGGAAGACGAGCAGGAAACAGCUGCCGAGCAGAUUGGAAUUGACGAGGAGAAUGCGGACAGAGGCUUCGCAGACACAGAAGAGAUGAUCAUACAAGGCGAAACAGCUGCCUCGUCAGAUCGAAAAGACACCAACGAACUGAUACCCGCACACGAGAUCGACGCGUACUGGUUACAACGGCAGAUUGGCGCAGUCUACGACGAUGCGCACACACAGCAAGAGAAGACGCGGGACGCAUUGCAGAUCUUGGCUGGUGUCGGCGAUGAUGGCGAGGAGAAGGAUCUGCGCGAGAUCGAAAACGACUUGAUGGAUCUCUUCGAUUACGAGCAUCCGGAGCUCGUUGGAAAACUCGUCAAGAACAAAGACAGAGUUGUCUGGGUGACACGGUGGAGACGUGCCGCUGAGGACAACGACGAGCGAACGGCUGUCGAGCGGGAGAUGAAGGCUGCGGGCCAGUCACAGAUUCUUCGGGAGCUGCAAGCAAGAGAGACAGGUGUCAAGGAAGAGGAUGCAGGACAGGGCAAGAAGCAGAUGAACAUCAAGAUCAAGAGCGAAUUGGACUCGAACGAUGUGGACAUGGAAGAUGCGCCAAAGCCUGACGGUAUCGUGGGUGGGUUGCACCCCAACAGCCGUUUGGUGAACCUCGAGAACAUCGUGUUCGACCAGGGCAACCACCUCAUGACCAACCCCAGCGUGAAGCUGCCGCAAGGUUCGACAAGAAGGCAGUUCAAAGGCUACGAAGAGAUCCACGUCCCUGCACCGAAGGCCAAGCGUGACCCAAAUGAGCGAUUAAUCCCCACCUCUGAACUGCCAGAUUGGGCACGCGUAGGCUUUGGAAGUUCCAAGUCGCUCAACCGUAUUCAGACGAAAUGCUACCCCACAGCGUUCAAUGACGACGGCAACAUGCUCAUCUGCGCUCCUACCGGUUCUGGAAAGACAAACGUUGCCAUGCUGGCUAUGCUUCGAGAGAUCGGCAAGCACCGCAACCCGGAGACUGGCGAAAUCGCGCUCGACGACUUCAAGAUCAUCUUCAUAGCUCCUCUCAAGGCUCUGGUCGCUGAGCAAGUCGGUAACUUCGGCAAACGUCUUGAACCCUACGGCAUCAAGGUCUCCGAACUUACUGGUGACCGUCAACUGACAAAGCAGCAAAUCGCCGAAACCCAGAUUAUUGUUACGACUCCCGAGAAGUACGAUGUCAUCACGCGCAAGGCCACCGACACCAGCUAUAUCAACCUCGUCAAGCUUAUUUGUAUCGACGAAAUCCAUCUGCUCCACGACGAGCGCGGUCCAGUUGUUGAGAGCAUUGUCAGCAGAACUCUCCGCCGCAAUGACCAAACGGGUGACGCCGUUCGUAUCGUCGGUCUCAGUGCCACACUGCCCAACUACCGAGAUGUCGCAAGCUUCCUCCGCGUUGACCCUGAUAAGGGUCUUUUCCACUUCGACGGCACGUUCCGACCUUGCCCGCUGAAGCAGGAGUUCAUCGGUGUCACAGACAAGAAGGCCAUCAAGCAAUUGAAGGCUAUGAACGACGUCUGCUACACAAAGGUUCUCGAGCAAGUCGGCGAGCACCGAAAUCAGAUGCUCAUCUUCGUUCACUCGCGAAAGGAGACAGCCAAGACCGCAAAGCACAUUCGCGACAAAGCGCUGGAGGAAGAGACAAUAGGCAAGAUUCUGAGAUCAGAUGCCGCUAGCCGGGAGAUCUUGAGAGAGGAGUCUGAGUCUGUACAGAACGCCGACCUCAAGGAUCUCAUGCCCUACGGUUUCGGUAUCCAUCACGCCGGUAUGUCGCGAGCGGACCGUUCGACAGUCGAAGACCUAUUCGCCGAUGGCUCCAUUCAAGUCUUGGUCUGUACAGCAACCUUAGCCUGGGGUGUCAACCUGCCGGCCCACACCGUCAUCAUAAAGGGCACACAAGUCUACUCGCCUGAGAAGGGUAGUUGGGUUGAGCUCAGCCCACAAGAUGUGCUGCAGAUGCUGGGUCGUGCCGGCCGUCCGCAGUUCGACACGUAUGGUGAAGGUAUUAUCAUCACAACGCAGGCCGAGAUCCAGUACUAUCUGUCCCUUCUGAAUCAGCAGCUGCCCAUUGAGUCGCAACUCGUCAGCAAGUUAGUCGACAAUCUGAACGCUGAGAUCGUAUUGGGCAAUGUCCGUAAUCGAGAUGAAGGCGUGGACUGGCUAGGCUACACUUACCUCUUCGUUCGCAUGCUGCGAUCUCCAGCUCUUUACCGCGUUGGCCCGGAGUAUGAGAACGACACGGUCUUGGAACAAAGGCGAGUGGAUCUCGUCCAUGCAGCGGCACAUAUCCUCGAGAAGUGCAGCUUGAUCAAGUACGACAGGAAGACCGGAGCGUUGCAACCCACCGAGCUUGGAAGGAUUGCGUCUCACUACUACAUCUCGCACAACUCGAUGAUGACUUACAACCAACAUAUUCAGCCAGGCAUCACCGCCAUUGAGCUGUUCCGGGUGUUCGCCUUAAGUGAGGAGUUCAAGUACAUCCCCGUCCGUCAGGACGAGAAGCUCGAACUCGCCAAGCUCCUCGGCCGCGUGCCUAUCCCCGUCAAGGAAGGCGUCGAGGAAGCUCAAGCAAAGAUCAACGUUUUGCUACAGGCCUACAUAUCGCGUCUUAAACUGGAGGGCCUUGCCCUUAUGGCCGAUCUCGUGUACGUCACACAAUCCGCGGGCCGCAUCCUCCGCGCCAUCUUCGAGAUCUGUCUCAAGAAGGGUUGGUCGCAGGUUGCAAAGCUGGCCCUCGACAUGUGCAAGAUGGCAGAGAAACGUAUGUGGCCAACUAUGACACCACUGCGACAAUUCCCCACCUGCCCGCGCGACAUUGUACAGAAGGCCGAGCGCAUUGAUGUUAACUGGUCGAGCUACUUCGGACUUGACCCACCUAGCAUGGGCGAGCUUUUGGGCAUGCCCAAGGCCGGAAAGGUCGUGUGCCAGCUCGUUGAGAAGUUCCCACGCCUCGAGAUCGAAGCGACACCUCGACCAAUCACAAGGUCAUUGCUGAAGCUGGAACUUGCGAUCAGACCGGACUUUGUCUGGGACGAUGCCCUUCAUGGAGCGUCAGAGGCCUUCUGGAUCCUUGUCGAGGACUGCGAUGGUGAGCAGAUCUUGUACCACGACCAGUUCAUCCUCCGCAAGGACUACUCCCAUGGCGAAAUGAACGAGCACCUGGUCGAACUGACAGUACCAAUUGACGAGCCAAUGCCGCCAAAUUACUUCAUCACUGUCCUGUCAGAUAGAUGGAUGGCUUCGGAGACCAAGCUCGCGGUCUCUUUCCAGAAGCUGAUCCUGCCAGCAAAAUUUCCCGCUCACACACCGAUCCUCGACUUGCAACCCUUGCCUGUCUCAGCACUGAAGCGAAAGGAGUACAUGACUCUGUAUCAGGAUAUCAACCGCUUCAACCGAGUCCAAACACAAGUGUUCAACUCGUUGUACACGACUGACGACAACGUUCUCGUUGGAGCGUCGGCAGGCAUUGGCAAGACCUUUUGCGCUGAGUUCGCUAUCCUAAGGCACUGGGCUGGCGAUGCGGAGGGUCGCAUAGUAUACCUUGCGCCCUCCCAGGAACUUGUCGAUAAUCAGUACAAGAAUUGGAACGCACGCUUGUCCGGUCUUGGUGGAGGCAAGGAUGUUGUCAAGCUUACAGGCGAGACCACAGCAGAUUUGCGACUUCUCGAGAAGGGUGAUCUCAUCCUCGCUACCCCGUCGCAGUGGGACUCUCUGUCGCGUCAGUGGCAGCGAAGGAAGAACGUCCAGACCGUUGCACUUCUGAUCGCUGACGAGCUGCACAUGCUGGGUGGUGCCAACGGACAUGUCUACGAGAUUGUAGUCUCUCGUAUGCAAGCCAUGGCAGCCCAGCUCGAGUCCAAGCUGCGCAUUGUAGGUCUCAGUGUCUCCCUGGCCAAUGCACGAGACAUAGGAGAGUGGAUCGGCGCCACUAAACACACCAUCUACAACUUCAGCCCAGGCGUACGCUCAGUACCCCUUGAGCUGAAGAUCCAGACCUUCACCAUCCCCCAUUUUCCAUCAUUAAUGAUGGCGAUGGCUAGGCCAACCUACUCAGCCAUCACACAGAUGUCGCCAGACAAGCCAGCAAUGGUUUUCGCGCCGAAUCGCAAGCAAACCCGCUCUUCUGCUUCUGAUCUGUACGCCGCUGCUGUUGCGGAUGAUAACGACGAUCGCUUCCUCAACACAGCUUUGGAAGAGAUCCAACCUAUCCUCGAGAAGAUCAACGAGCAAUCGCUUGCUGAGUCGCUGACACAUGGUAUUGGAUACUUCCACGAGGCGCUCAACUCUUUUGACAAGAAAGCUGUGCAGCAUCUGUUCAAAGUCGGCGCCAUUCAGGUUCUGAUUGUCUCACGAAACUCGUGCUGGGAGAUCGACAGCAGCGCCCAUCUGGUCGUUGUUCAAGGCACGCAGUUCUUCGAGGGUCGCGAGCACCGAUACGUCGACUACCCCAUCAGCGAGAUCCUUCAGAUGUUCGGCAAGGCCGGCAGGGUCGGACAAGACAAGUCGGCAAAGGGUGUUCUCAUGCUGCCCGCGGUCAAGCGCGAUUACUUCAAGAAGUUCUUGAAUGAGGCGCUGCCGAUCGAGAGCCAUCUGCAUGAUUACCUGCACGAUGCAUUUGUUGCUGAGAUCAGUGCGAAGACGAUCGAGUCAACUCAGGAGGCUGUCGACUGGUCGACGUAUACCUGCUUCUACCGCCGUCUCCUGGCCAAUCCCAGCUACUACAAUCUCCAUGACACCUCGCACGAGGGUCUCAGCGCUCACUUGUCAGAGCUGGUCGAGCAGACGCUCAAGGAACUGGCGGAAGCCAAUCUGAUCGAGCACGACGAAGACGAGGACUCGAUCACACCUCUCAACCCCUGCAUGAUCGCCGCCUACUACAACAUUUCCUUUAUCACCAUGCAGACACUGAUGAUGUCGCUCAACGGGCGCACCAGCCUCAAGGGCGUCCUCGAAAUCAUCACUGCGGCCACCGAAUUUGAAGACAUCCAAAUCCGGCGACACGAAGAUCACAUCCUGCAGCGCAUCUACGACCGCGUGCCCUACAAGAUGGGCGAGCCCAAUUUCGAAACCCCGCACUUCAAGGCCUUUGUCCUGCUCCAGGCCCACUUCUCCCGCAUGCAGCUCCCCAUCGAUCUCGCCAAGGACCAGGAAAUCGUUAUCCGCAAGGUGCUCAACAUUCUCAGUGCAUCCGUUGAUGUGCUCUCCUCUGAGGCCCAUCUCAACGCCAUGUCUGCGAUGGAGCUGAGCCAGAUGGUUGUCCAGGCUAUGUGGCAGAAGGACAGCCCGCUCAAGCAGAUCCCGCACUUCGACGCGUCGACCAUCAAAGCCGCGAACAAGUUCGAGAUCAACGAUGUCGACGACUUCAUUAACGCCAUGGACGAGGACGAGAACCCGGAUCACAAGGCACUGAUCAAGGCGCUCGAUGUCGACCAGCGCCAACUCGCCGACAUCGCCAACUUCACAAACAACUACUACCCCAACAUCGAACUCGAGCACGAACUCGUCGACCCGCAGGAUAUCGCGAGCAAUACCCCCGCACAGCUCAGGGUGCGCAUCACGCGCAACAUCGACGACGACGACGAGCUCAAGACAGACGUCCACGCGCCCUUCUACCCGGGCGAGAAGAGCGAGAGCUGGUGGCUCGUGGUCGGCGACCAGAAGGAGAACGCUCUCCUGGCGAUCAAGAAGGUUACUAUCCCAAGGAAACUGGAGACGAUGCUCGAGUUUACGCUUGAGAAGCCGGGCAAACAUGAGCUCACGCUAUAUCUUGUGUCAGACUCGUAUCUUGGCGUUGAUCAGGCGCCGACGUUCAAGGUGGAUGCCGCAGAGGGUAUGGAGGAGGACAGCGAGGGAGAAGAGGAGGAAGAGUAAGAGUAGAUGGGAUGUAUAUUUUGAAUCGGCUUUGCAACGGUCGAGGCGUUCGAAGGGUUUGUUUUUGUAGUAUAGCAUUUGUCUGUCAUGUCGAAAAGUUCAAGACAUUACUCGUUUGAGAACCU